AUGGUCUUUGGCGAUUACAUCCGCCGCCGCAUCGCACCUCUCCAGGAACGAUCCCGUGGCGCGUGGGAAUACACUGGUCCCAACGACCCCAUGCGCACGCAUGUGGGCGAGCGCUGGGACUGGGGGGAGGAGGACGCAAAGAUGGUGCUGGUGCUGGGCCUGGACUCCGCCAAGCAAACGCUAAUCCCAGAUGGGAUCCUCCCCCUCUACUGCGACCGCGACCGGGAGAGCAUCCUGGCCGUGAUGUCAGUUGUUGGCGCCGGUAGGAGCCGGUCCAGCCGAGGCGGCGCCAGCGGUAGCGCCGUUGGCGCGGGUGGCGGCGGCGCGACUGCGGGUGGGAGCCGGACAAGCGGUCCAGGCGGUGGUGGCUCAAGGGCGCCCGACUCGAGCCGCGGACCUGGAGACGACUUGGUCGGCGACCCAAAGGGGAAGCGGAAGGUGCCCGAAUCCCGGCCGCCCUCUCCCCCGCGUGGAGGGGGCACCGAGCACGCGGCAGAUCAUCCGCCAGCGGGCCACAAGCGCCCUGCCGGGCCCGAGGUCGGACGGAAGAAGAAACGGGUCCGAAAGAUAGGGCAAACGGAGCCGAGCCGAGGGAGCUUCAUCGAGACCCCGAAGUGGACUUUCAACCGCCCUCCCCGUAGCGAGAUUCCUUCUCAGGGGGUCUCAGGGUCGGAGCCUUCGUGGGGGACGAAAUCCGAACGAUCGGAACGGUCCGGGCCCGGCCAAUCCAAGGCCGCGGGGUCUUCGCAGCCUCGCAGUGGGACCCACAGGCCACAUACCGGGCCUGGUCCCGAGCGACCCUCAGCCGGGACUCGACUUGCUGCGGGCAACGGUAGCGGCGACGUUCCUCCCGGGGGCGGCUGUGAGACUAGGGUCCAUGCGGAACGCCACCCAGGAUCGGGGGGUGAGGGAGGUCGCAGCUCGGGAGCCGAGGCCGGAGGUGAUCCUGAGCCCGAGGUCGAAGUCAAGGCUGGGGGCGGUCCCGAGUCCGAGGUCAAGGUCGAGGUUGGGGGCGGUCCUGAGCCCGAGGUCGAAGUCGAGGCUGCCCGGUUGGCCCCCCAGUUCACCUUUGGGCUCGCCUCGGAUGAGGAGAGCGGAAGUGGGGGUGACGACGACAACGUGGGCGACGAAGACUGGGACGACGUCGUCAGCGGCGCCGGCCUCGGGGGCCUGGGCACCCCGUGA